CAACCAUUCUUUCAGCGGGAGAGAGACACAUAGAGAGCGCGCGCCUCCUUCAUUCCCAUGAAACCAGAGUCCUUUUCUCUUUCCACCUUCUCUCACCUUCCAUGGCACCCACCGGUUCGACCGACCCGGCUCAAGCAAUUUGGAUCCCCACCUCUAUCUUCAGCUAACGACCCGGUUCGCCCCUUCCACAAUGCUGAAGGGGAACUUCAAGCUCCUGGAUAAGAAGCGGGCCGUUCCUGAUCGUCUGGUCCGCUUUGAAGAGGGAUGGAAUCUAACCCUAAGCUUCGAGUCAGGGGAAGAGCUUGAAACCUUUCGAUCGAGUGAUUUCAGAUCGGUAGAAGCAGAAGAAGACGACGAUGAUGAUGAGGAUGGCAAUGAAGAACAAGAAGUGAGGAAGAAGGAAUGCAUAGUUGAUGAUGGCAAUACGAAUGUACGAUUGGAUGCGAAGGUAUGCAGAAGAAAAGAUGCGGAGAUUUCAAAGGCGAGUCAUUCUUCUUCUUCAGAUGAUGAAGGGAAAAGGGAACAAUUAGAACAUGAGCUUUCUCGGGAGGUUAUAAACUUGGAAGCGCUGCAAAGGCUUGCCAGUUCUGGUCUCCCUGAUGGAGGUGGUCUGCGUGCAAUGUCAUGGAAGCUUCUCUUGGGGUACUUGCCUGCUGCCCAAGAUUCAUGGGAAAGAGAGCUGGCUGAGAACAGAUCAAAAUAUGCUGCAUUAAAAGAAGAGCUUCUUUUGAAUCCUUCAGAACUCACAAGAAGGAAGGAUGAAGCUGUGGUUUCUAAACAGCAUGACAGGGAUGGUGAUGUAGAUGGACAGCUUAUGAGACAUGAGAUUUCUCAUGAAGAGCAUCCUCUGAGCCUUGUGAAGGCCAGUGUUUGGCAUCAGUAUUUCCAGGAUUCAGAGAUUGCACAGCAGAUUGAUCGUGAUUUGCAACGCACCCACCCAGAUAUGCGAUUCUUCUCAGCAGAUUCAUCCUUUGGCCAAAAACACCGGAAAGCAAUGAGAAACAUUCUUCUCCUAUUUGCCAAACUAAAUCCUGCAAUUCGUUACGUACAAGGAAUGAACGAGGUCUUAGCUCCUCUUUACUAUGUAUUUAGUACGGACCCUGAUGAGCAAAAUGCUUCAAAUGCAGAAGCAGAUAGCUUUGCCUGUUUUGUUCGUUUGCUAAGUGAUUCUGUAGAUCACUUCUGUGAACAAUUAGAUAAUAGCUCGGUUGGAAUCCUCUCUACUCUUGCACGUCUGGCAGAGCUACUUAAAGCCAAUGAUGAAGUGUUAUGGUGGCAUCUUGAGAUCUCCAACAAGGUGAAACCACAAUUCUAUGCAUUCAGGUGGAUUACUUUACUUUUAACACAGGAAUUCAAUCUCCAUGCCAUCAUGAGAAUAUGGGAUUCUCUUCUCAGCAAUCCUUUUGGGGUUCAGGAGAUGCUGCUACGGGUCUGUUGUGCAAUGCUACUAUGCGUAAGAAGCGAGCUGUUGAAAGGCGACUUUGCUGCAAAUCUGAAGCUUCUACAGCACUAUCCCCAUAUCAACAUAGAAUACCUCCUCCAAGUAGCACAGGAGCUGAGCCCACAGUCCAAUAGCAUUCAUUUAUCUCUAUGACUCGUACAUUGUGUAUGUGUUACAGGAAUUGGUCUUCUUGGACGAAAAGAGAAGCAGAAAAGAAAUGGCAACAGGAAAAAAUUGCAGCCACAUUUUUAAGUAUUUAUCCCUGAAUGUGAGUGAAUUCAGGUGCUUGAAGCCA